AUGGACAAUUACCCAUACGAUCUGGGCACGUAUCACAAGCCCGUAACCACGACAAGCGACGCCGCCCAGAGAUGGUUCGAUCGGGGUUUGGUUUGGACCUACGGCUUCAACCACGAAGAAGCCAUUGAAUGUUUCAGGCGCGCCGUCGAUGAAGAUGCCGACUGCGCACUGGCGUACUGGGGCCUAGCGUAUGCUUCGGGACCGAACUACAACAAGCCUUGGGAAUUCUUUGACGAGCAUGAUUUCAUCGCGACUGUGAAGAAAGCCGACGAUGCGGCUGUCGAGGCGCGAGACCGAGGCAAAACCGCUUCGCCGAUUGAAAAAGCUCUCAUCCAGGCACUACAAUCACGCUACCCAUCUGAUCUGUCUCGAAAAUACGACCAAUCUGACUUCAAGACAUGGAAUCAGUCGUAUGCAGAUGCCAUGAGAAAGGUGUACAUACAAUUCUCCGACGAUCUGGAUAUUGCAACAUUGUUUGCCGACGCUCUGAUGAAUGUCACUCCUUGGGGUCUUUGGGAUCUGAAGACCGGCGAGCCCGCACCUGAUGCACAUACUCUCGAAGUCAAGGCUGUAUUAGAACGCGCCUUGACUGAUCCAAACUCCGACCAUCAUCCAGGACUCCUGCACAUGUACAUUCACCUGAUGGAAAUGUCAAGCACUCCCGAAGUAGCGCUUCCGAAAGCCAACCUCCUCAGAGGUCUCGUACCUGAUGCCGGCCAUCUGCAUCAUAUGCCUACUCACUUGGAUAUUCUAUGUGGUGACUACGAAUCUGCUGCCAAGUGGAAUCUCGAAGCUAUCAAAGCGGACCAAAAGUUCUUGGACCGCGCCGGCCCCGUCAACUUCUACACACUUUAUCGAUCACAUGACUACCACUUCCGUAUCUAUGCAGCUAUGUUUGCGGGUCAGUCGAAGAUUGCUCUGGAAAGUGUCGAAGGCCUUGAGAAAUCGUUGCCCGAAAAACUGCUUCGGGUGGGGUCCCCUCCGAUGGCUGAUUGGCUCGAAGGAUUCUUGUCUGUCCGUAUACACGUCAUGAUUCGAUUUGGCAUGUGGGAGAACAUACUGGCCCUGGACCUUCCGACAGAUGAGCAACUGUUUUGUGUCACCACAGCCUUCAUAUUCUAUGGCAGAGGCAUUGCAUUUGCUGCCACUGGUCAAGUUCAGGCCGCUAGGGAGGCGGUGAAGAAGUUCGAAGCAGCUUUGCUCAAGGUUCCAGAAUCACGCAUGCUGUUCAACAACCGCUGCAUUGACAUACUCCAAGUCGCCAAAACAAUGUUAUAUGGAGAAGUUGAAUACCGCGACCGCAACUUCGAUAAGGCAUUCGAAUUGUUGGGAAAAGCAGUUGAACUUGACGAUACCCUGCCAUACGACGAGCCUUGGGGAUGGAUGCAACCUACCAGACAUGCUCUUGGUGCUUUGCUUCUGGAACAAGGCAGAAUAUCACAAGCCGAGAAGCUGUUCAAAGCUGAUCUUGGCUUUGACGAUACUCUUCCUCGUGCCUUACAGCACCCAAAGAAUGUCUGGUCUUUGCAUGGCUAUCAUGAGUGUCUUGUCAAACUGGGUAAGGUGGAUGAGGCAAGGGCGAUCGGAGCUCAGCUUGCCGUAGCAGUAGCAAAGGCAGAUGUGCCAAUCAGAUCCUCUUGCUUCUGUCGCAAUGGCAGGUAG